AUGCGUUUGGAUAACAUUCUAUUUCGAUUGGGCAUGCGUUCGAACAUUCCAUGGUAUACUUUAAUUAAUGGUCGUAUAGUAGAUAUAUCAAGUUAUCGUUGCAAACCCCAGGAUAAGAAAAGAUCAAAAGCUCUGAUUCAAAAUAAUAUUGCUUCAACCCCCCAUGAGGAGGUGCCAAAACAUUUGACUAUUGCCUCAGUUGAUAAUAAAGGACAAAUAAACCAAAUAAUAGAUAGUAAGUGGAUCCGUUUGAAAAUAAAUGAGAUCUUAGUUAUAGAAUAUUAUUCUCGUCAAACUCGACUCAGAAAAAAUAACAAGGAAAGGUUCCGGCAACUUUGGUGCAAAGUCACUGGAAUUAGGAGGGAGCUGCCUCAUGUGGUUCAAAUCUAA